ACCAAUUGCAUGUGGGAUUGCAGUGACCAAUUUGCAAGUUGAACUCAACUGACAUAAUAACAGAAAAGAAGCGAUUUGGCGGCAGAAGUUUAUUCUAAUUAUUGUUAAAAUAAACUUAUCCUUAUAAUUUCAAGUAAAAGGCAAGAGACAUCAUGCGGGAAAGCUUAUGGAAAAGGGAAUUCAGACUUCUUCUAAAACGUUCUGUAAUAACUGGGAUUCCAGAGCUGCUUGCUACCAGAAACAACUUAAGGAGGUUCUUGAGAUUUUGCGUAUUUUUAAUAUGUAUAUGUGGAUUUUUUUAUACUACAUCAAUAUUUCUACGCGUUUAUUGGAAAUACCCUACAGUUAUGAACGUGAAUGUUGAAUAUCCAGAAACGGUUGAAAUACCAGCCUUUACAUUCUGCAGUUACAAUGGAAUACAAGCUUCCAAUUUCUGUGCAAGAUUUCCGGAUUUGUGCUCACCGCAGAAAAACUAUACGGAAUUCUGCAAAAUGUAUUUCUAUUUUUGUGAUAGAAACUAUAUAUAUGAUAAUAAUAUGACGUUGCCUGCUGUUUCUACUUACGAACUUCCUGAUUUAGAUAGAAUAGAAUAUAAAGAAUUAGGGAACAAAGUUGAAGACUUGUUAGAGCUGUGUGAAAUUAGAUAUACUAGCGGCCACGCUCCUUGUUUAAAUGAAACCAGAUGGAUAAGCGCAUUCGACACGAUGGGAUUACCUAAUAAUUGUUAUGCUGUGAAUAGCCUCAUUGGAAAUGUACAUGAAAGUCCGAAAACCAUGGCUUCAAAAUCAAAAGUGAUACUGAAGAUUAAAACUGCUACACGUGAUGCAUUUUACACUUCUACUCCAGGAGCAAUUCAGAUUUCGGUCCAUAGUCCUAGAGUCAUUGUGAAUCCUUUCAAAACAGGUUUUGCUAUCAAGCCUUGUUACAAUUAUUUCGUUUAUAUUUCAAAAAUCAGGAAUCUAUUGCUGCCUUUUCCUUACGCAACAAAUUGUACAGAUUAUCACAGACUGUGGGAAGAACGUGGUGGUCAUGGGCCUUUGACAAAAACGCAAUGUAGGGAAGAAUGUCUUUACAAUGCAUCUGUAGAAGAUGCACAUUGCGUGGAUCCAUUCUUCAUAACUUAUCCCAAUGUUGCACCAAUAUGUAAACAUCCUGUCGGUGGUCGAAAAUAUACAGAAAAAUGUGAAAGUUUUUGUUCUAGAGCCUGCGAGCGAGAAGACAUAUAUACUGAUGUUGAAGAACAUGCUUCACUUUCAGUGAGGAAUAGCAGAUAUGAGCUUGAAGAAUGCACUUCGACUAUAACAUUUGCAUUUAAUAGAAUGGAAUUAAAAACUUACAUAUAUUCGCCAAAAUAUCAGGCUAUUGAACUUUUCGGUUACAUCGGAGGAUACUUGGGCGUUUUUUUAGGAAUUUCUCUUUUGGCUAUCACCGAUGUCUUAGAAUCAUUUUAUGUGAUUUUCAAAAUAUGCAAAAGAGCACUUCAAGGAAAUAAAAGGAAAAUACGGAAAUAUAAGAAUGCUAACGAAAGUAUUAAGAAAUAUGAACGUUGUUACCAUGAUAAUUAUAAAAAAAAUGCAAUUUUGAAGCUUUACUGAUUUUUGAAGAUAGUGUAUCAAGAUCUUGAUAGAA